GCAGUAUCGACAAACGUUCACAAAACGUUUAGACGUAAAACUAUAGUGUCACUUCUCUUCUUAUUUUAUUAAUUAGACCAUUUAAAACUUCAAUUUUUCCUUCGUUUUAGUUGUUUAAGUGUUAAGUGUAAUUAAUGUUGUUUCAAUAAUGCAAAGUGUCGCAUCCGUAAACGCAUUCUGAAGCAAUUACGUAAUGGGAAUUAUGCUAGAGAAGUUUAAAGUUUUACCCUGAAAUUCAACAUGGCCGCUGACACAGGAAUGGAUACUUGCCCUAGUCCGGAGAUCACGGACUCCAGGAAACGACCUCUCGACGGAGAUUCAGAGAAUGGCGAUGUGAAGCGAUCGCACUUCAGCUCGGUGCAAGACUUGGUGACGGCCUUGCCACUGGCCAACGGCCAUGGCAAUAUUACGUCUCAUUUCGCGGUGGAGCCGACAUACCACUUCAAAGUGCUGGUGCCCUCGAUGGUGGCGGGCGCCAUCAUCGGCAAGGGCGGCGAGACUAUCGCGCAGUUGCAGAAGGACACCGGCGCUAGGGUCAAGAUGUCCAAGAGCCACGACUUCUAUCCUGGUACAACAGAACGAGCAUGCCUGAUAACAGGCUCUGUGGAGGGCAUCAUGGUUGUGCUGGACUUCAUCAUGGACAAGAUCAAGGAGAAGCCCGAGCUUGUCAAACCCUUCCCGGAAGGUGUCGAUACCAAGAUGCCUCAGGAUCGGGAUAAGCAGGUGAAGAUCCUGGUGCCGAACUCGACAGCGGGCAUGAUAAUUGGCAAGGGUGGCAAUUACAUCAAGCAGAUAAAAGAGCAAAGCGGCAGCUACGUGCAGAUCUCGCAGAAGGCUAAGGAGGUGUCGUUGCAGGAGCGCUGCAUCACCGUCGUCGGUGAAAAAGAAAACAACAAGAAAGCAUGCGGCAUGAUUCUGCAGAAAGUAGUGGACGAUCCCCAGUCUGGAUCGUGUCCCAAUGUAUCGUACGCCGAUGUGGCUGGCCCCGUCGCCAACUACAACCCGACGGGGUCGCCGUACGCCGUGCCCACCUCCGAGGUGACCGAGACGCACGGACUGGGGGGCUCGGUGGGCUCGGUGGGGGGCGUGCUGGUGAACGGCGCGGCGGCGGGGCUGGGCGCGCUCUCGCUCACGCUGUCCCUCGCGCCGCCCGGCACGCAGCCGCCGGCGCCCAUCACGCAGCACACGCUCGACCACAUCAAGAUGGCUCUUCGGCAAGCGGGCUACAGCGAAGCGGGUAUAAAUGAGAUUGUGGCAGCUCUAGCGCUCCUCACCAAACAUGGGGUGCUGGGAUUGGCCCUCCCCACGGCCCUCCCAGCCGCCCCCCUUUCUGCCGCGUACUUCCCUUUGCCCACGCACGCGCAGGAUCCGCCCACUGUAUUCGGGCCCAUCGGACAAGUCGGACUCGGUGGUGGGGCGAGCGGGGGCGCCGGGUUAGAGCGUUUCGCGGAAGUUGCAUUCGAGGCGCUUCGGCCCGCAGCCGUCGCGCCCAUCUCGCUGUCGGCGGGCGUCAGCGGCGUGGGCGCCGGCUUCGGCUCGGCCGCGCUGCUGCCGCUCUCCAAGAGCCCCACGCCGGCCGACGCCGGCGCCAAGGACUCCAAGAACAUCGAGAUCGCGGAGGUCAUCGUCGGGGCCAUACUGGGUCCCGGCGGACGAAGCCUGGUGGAGAUCCAGCAAAUGUCGGGCGCCAACAUCCAGAUCUCGAAGAAGGGCACGUUCGCGCCGGGCACCCGCAACCGCAUCGUCACCAUCAGCGGCAGCGCCACCGCCAUCUCGUCCGCGCAGUACCUCAUCGAGCAGAAGAUCCAGGAGGAGGAGCUCAAGCGCACCCGCCACAACGCCAUCUCCUCGCUCAUGCAGUAACCGCCUCGCCCGCUCGGGACUCAGUGGUGCCAUCUGUGAAGCCGAUCGCGGUACAUAGCGAACGGGAUUGUUCAAACAGUGAUCUCUCGAUCGCGGUUGUGCAAUCGUCCCCGUUGAACUGUUCCGGCUGUUGAACGCUAUUUUGACUACGAAACUUCUCAAUUUUGGUCUCUAGUAGAAUACUGUUUGGCUGGGUUGUGGCAAUAUUACAAUAAUAAUGGUUCACUUAAAAUCUAAAUAAGUAAUUAAGGUAUUUUUUCGUAAAUGUUAAUUGUAAUAAAUUGGGCUAAAGUUGAGAACUUUUCGUUUAAACGUACACGUUGUUGGGUUGAGUGCAAUAACUUGGUUCGCGGUUGGAUGGUAUUACUGAGUUUCUUCAAGCCCGCGGUUUGUUGUAGCCUUGCAUUUUGUUCACAAAAACAAGUUACAGUUUAUUAUUACAUACAGAUUGUUCAAGUUUAAAAUGUUCUCCUCGUAAAUUACGUUGUUGAAUUUAUAAUUAAAAAUUACAAUACAAAAGGUAAGGUUACGCAUUAGAAAUGUUUUUUUGAUUGUUACUGUCUUUUUUGACAGUGUUUUCGCGAAGGUUCGCACUUUAAAUAUAUUGAAUAGGACAGCGAUUUUCAAAUUAAAAAAGGCAGUUGAUAGAUGUUUAAAUAAGCUCAUUGCAACACUGCCUGGAGAACUGGUCAUCAUCGUCGCAGGUGCAUUUAACAGCUUUAGUUUUAUGAGAUACAUCACUUCUCAAAACUUCCGAAGGCCGUGUUAGAGCCUACCGAUAACUGGAUCGAUCACAAUUAAUUAAAGUGUUUUAAAUGUCUUAUAUUCAUCUUUAUUCAGCACAUUUUAUUGGCAGUUCUAACAAUAGUAGCAAAGUGAUAAAAUAAUCAGUGCGUGUAAUCAAGCGUUUGUCUAUAAAUGAAAGAAGCUGCUAUCUGCCGCGAUGGUGGCAAGUGAGAAACAAAAUGGCCGCCCCGCCUUCCUCCGGUCGUGGGGAUUCAGGGUCUCUGUCAAAGCUCUAGCGUAGCUCUAGUUCUAGUCAACAACCCGCACCAGAGGCCGACAAAUAAUAAAUAUGAUAAUAAAAGAAGUGGCGCAGUUACCUGAGUGUAGUUAUUAUAAGAGUUUUACGUUGUUUUGUUUUACCGCUACGUGAGUCGAUGCGCGCCGCGCCAGAGGUCGUCGACCUUUCUCGAGUGGCGACGACGCGCAUCGACAUAUAGGUACCUAUUUACAAAUACAUAGAUUUAUGUAUAUUGAUUUAACGCAUGUACUAUAGUGUUGAACAUAUUUUAUGUUUUAUCGUAAUGAAGUUAUUUUCGCCCGCCUAGCGGGCUCGUUAAGAACGAUUGUGAUAUGUCCUAUCACGGAAAUUCCUAUUCCAUACACACAUUUUUAUUUUUGUAUAUUGUUCACCACGCAUACGAUUUUAUUUACCAAGUUGAUUUCAUUGUAAAUGUUACCAUUGAUAAGUUAUUUUAGUUUACGUGACGUUCGUUAGAGUUAGAGAUGAAAGUUGAAUAUAUAGACAAGUAUAUGUGUUGAUAUAUUGACAUUAUAUGCGUGAAAUCUGUCGCUAUCACGACCGGCGCCGGCGCCGAACUCGCGGCGCUGGCAGGUGCCAGGAUCCAAAUGAUGCCCCAACCAAAGUCGUUAGUUAUAACUGUUACAUGUGCAAGUACAACGCAGUUGCAAUGCGACGUCGUCACUUCGCUUGGAUUAGGUUCGCAAUUCGCAUUCCUCAUUUGUCUCGGUAAAGAUCUUUAUUUUUUAUACAUUUAUAAUUAUUGCUUUUCGUUAGGAACGUUCGUGAUCGUUUCGUUUCGGGCUAAAUUGUCUCUACGAUAUUAUAAGUACAAUUUAAUAUAAAGAGAUGCAUGUCCAGAGUAGUAGAGAAAUAUAUUUUAAAAGUUUUAAAACAGAUUUCUAUAUAUUAUUCGAGAUGACAAUAUGAUAAAUCUUAUUUACAGUUACUAUAUAUUUGAAUUUAUUUUUAAUGCGCCAUCUAGGAAGUUCGUCUCGUCUCUGUAGAGAUGUACAUAUGUAAACUGUGAUCGUUUCGUCGACAUUUUCAAGGUACUCGGUGUCAGUCUAACGUAGAGUAGGGCCGUCUAACUCUCGCGGGAUAGUUUUAGUAGUGCUCGGUUACCUCACAAGUGCCAUCGCAGACGUCGUGGCGGCCCCGCGUCGGGCGCCACUUUUGCCGAACGCUUAUCACACGAGGAAAGAAGUACAAAUGCAACGUAACAUAAUAAAUAUAUUUCGAAUCGGCUUAAACUACGGUAGUUUGUAAGAAAAGGAAUUGAAAGUUUUCUCGUAUAGAUUCUUCAUUACGGUUGACGGUCAUUAAGCCGCCAUAACUUAGUACUUCCGUGAGAAUGUGAAAGUACAUUAACUUUGUUGUAAGUCUCCAACUGUCCAACGAUAUCUCGAUAACUGUUGUGGUAUUGUUACUGGUCUAUUACGUGUUAUGUAGGUAACAUGCGCAGUGUAGAUGCAUUAAUGUAGCUAGUUAUUGUAUAUUCAAUCUUUAUAGGUAUCACUGUUCGACCUUUCCGGUGUUUUUCGACUUUCUCAUCUUUCUAGAAUAUUUGGGGGUAGUUACAGAUAUCGUCUUGUGUCAAUUAAACGGGAGCCGCCGCGACCCCGCGCCUCUUCCGCUUGUACGUUGCUGCUACAGUGGCGAAGGUUACGUCGGUCAGCGGGCAGCGGAGUCGCGGCGGACCCGACGUGGUGGCGGAAGCCCUCCGACGCAAAGCCUGUGGACGUCGAUUUUACAAGCUCAAUUUUAUUGAAACUAAUUCUUGAUUAGUCGAUACGUGUAAGUGAAUCGUCAAUUAACGGUCCCUCACUUGGAGUUUUCGAGUCGCGUUUUCAGUUAGGGCGAGCUUUGGGGUAGGGAUAUCUUUCCACUUGUAGGCUAUUGUCCCGGCGGGACAGCGCUCGGCGCCGCCUCGUCCGCCUCGUCCGCCGAGCUCGCCUUUUCGAAAGUUCCCCUCAGGAUCCGAAAUCUGUCACGAGGCAAUGAAAGUUCUUCUCUUCGCCGCACGGAAACACGCGACGCCGCGCGCUCGCCCUCUACUUAACCAUUAGUUAUCGAUGGAACUCUAGUUAAUUAUAAUUAUCAUAAUUAAAAAUCAUUAUAAUGGGUACGUAUAAGUAAUUUUAAUUAAAAGUAACUGGAAAAAUGUUAACGUUGUUAUACUGAAAUUGUUACAAUAUUUGAGAGUAUAUCGUCGCGGAUACAAAACGGUUAAUUUUAGUGCGGUACACACGAGCGGUUUAUCGCGUAGGAAAGUUAGUGCAACGCCCCGACACUCGCGCCCGCGCACUCGCACGACGCAGAAAGAAAAGUCGCGUACUGUUUCUGUGAUAUCUCCCGCACGCCGGUCCCGCACCCCCGCACCCCGCACCCCGCCCCCUCCCGCAGCUCGCCGCUGCCGCGCACCACCCGCUCUCGCGUCACGUUAAGGUUUCGAUGUCGUAGGUCGUAAGGUAGCUAGUUGUCAUUCUUCAUUCUACGGAUUCGGGUGAGGUGGAGGCGGAGAGAAGCCGCGGCGGACGCCGCCCGGCCCCGGCCGCGUCCUCCCUUUAAUUUUAAUAGCUAAAUGUUGUUGACUUCGUUGAUAGAGUGGUUUAUUGUAAUUACUGUAGGUAGUUUAGUGGGUAUACAAGAGGUGGCAGCCGUUGGGUGCGCUAGGCUAGAGUAAGGUUCGGUACUGUGUUUAGGAAAAUGGCUGUGCGUUCAAGUCGAACUCAACAUUAAGACGUCACCAUGCGCUCGUCCGGCAGGGCGAGGGUCGCACACGGCCCCGCGCGCCUCCGUCGGCCUCUCCGCGACUGUACCCGCGGCUCGAACACGACGCGUCGACUCACAACCUGUACAUAAUUGCAUAGCAUUACUUCAUUUACGUUCUCCUUGCUCAUUGUCAUCAAUUUAUUAAGACUGAGGAAUCAACUUACGCAUAUUGACAUCGUCACGAACGCGUCCCCGCCGUAGGGAGUUGUAACAUAUUAAUUAAUUGUUUAUCAUUAAAACGUUCACUCGGUUUCAUGUUUCGGUCUCCGCAAGGACGUAGCCGUGUGCGACUCCCGCGACACACUCGCGCGCGAAUCGCGUCGUACGCGU